UUGCAGCUUGGUUAUCAGCAGUAAAACAUCCUUUCAUACCAGCAGUGCUUACAGUGCAGUGCCAGAAUCAGUGUGCCUCAACGGGUUUUGCGUGUAUAAGUGUAUCUGAAAGUGCAUUACGCACUUUUAAAGCUAGCAAAUCAAAAUGUGCAACCGAACCAUCAUUGCGGAGCUCCUGCUUGUUGUCGCACUGGCGACAUCCGCUUUUGGUGCUACGGGAGGUUGCUCGUGGCGAGCAAGCAGUAGCUGGUUUGGUGGAGAAAUUUGUGUCCUGCAGAAGGUUUACGACGAUUGCCAAGAGACAGCGGACUUUACCGAGUGCCUCAAGCAAAAAGCGGUGACCUCCAUUUCCCGUGCCAUCGAUUCGGAUUCCAUCCAACUGGUGGAUGGAGUAACUCUUGUCAAGCAGAAGAACGUGUCCGCUGACGAGAACUCUGAGAGCACCAUCCUCGGAUUGUCCGAUGCUCGAUCGAUGGAAGGUCUCGGUGAAACGGAUAAGGCACUUGUUCAGAAGAUCGACAAGUUCCUCAAGACCCACACCAUCAGCUUCGAUUUGUCCGAAGCGCGAGGAAGUGGUAACAAGAAGAAUGGCAGCCGCUACGUCAUUGCUGCCCUCCUGACCGCCAUGGGUAUUGCUGGACCUAUUGGUCUGAAGACCCUCGGAGCCAUCGCAUUCAAGGCCUUGGUUAUCAGUAAAGUUGCCCUCACCAUCGCUAGUAUCAUGGCACUGAAGAAGAUCUUCAAGGCCGAUCAUCACGAGGAAACCAGCUUCCAGGUGCACACUGGUCACGACAACCGCCGAGCCACCUACUUUGUGCGUCCGGUUCGGGCAAACGAUCCCUAUCGGUACUACUAUGAACAACCAGCACAUUAAUCUAAAAUGACCCGAAAUCAUUUGAAUACUUACAACGAUCGUGUUACUGUCUUAUCAAAAGCAAGCUUAACUCGAAGACGCCAAAUGAUAACAUUGAGUUCAUAUAACUUACUACUUUAACACGCCGAUCGAAGCGGCCAAUGUAAAGUCAUGGUCAGACAGACACAUCCCACACCCAGACACUCCAAAUGAUGCCACUAUCAACAGAUUAUUUAAACAUGUGGGAUCCACUACCAUGGUUGCAACAUCCUAGCAUGGAACAUUGAAUUAGUUUAGGUUCAUUGGAAUAUUUAUUUAUUUAUUGAACGGAGACACAAAUUCAGGUUUUUGACAAGACAAGUUUGCUUUGCAGUGUUACGUUAAGAAAGGAAUUGUGCAAUAAAAUCUUUAAAAAGAA